GUUUCUAUGGGCGCUCGUGCUAUAGGCGUGUUGUAGCUGCUCCGUUUUGAAUUGAGUUGUGGUGGGAGACGCGAACGAUUUGGCGGUUAAAAGUUGUUUACGCUGGGCCUGCAGCUUUUUGGACAGUCCCAAGAAUAUUAUUAUAUUAAUUUUUGUGUAUGCAACUAUUGCACUUAAGAUGAUCACUAGAGAAUUCGUCAUCCCCUUGGAUAAGGAUGAACUCGUCCGCACGCAUUUUGCCGAGUAUGGCCACCGGGAUGUUGUACCCCUGCAGAUGAUCAACAGAGAAAUAAAUGCGAUAAGUCAGCAGCAGAUAAGCGAAAGAGGACCAGUUGAGCUUGUUCAAGAGAAAUUAGAUCUGUUUCUUUCUGUUGUUGUUCAUGGAAACAAAGUAGAACUACCUUUGUUGCUUCGUUUGUUUAGCAGGAUUUUGAGGAUUGUACAAAAUCUUAUAGCAUACUUGGAAAACAAAGCUGAACAGUCACAGAGUUUAGAAUUUGAACAGGAUGAAAAAAUUAAACUAUUAGCAACAACUAAAAUACUAGCGUAUGUCCUGUCGUCUAUGUUAUGUCAAAUUGAAGAUCAAAUAGCUGACACUAGUAAUAAUGGAAUAGGAAAUGUUGGCAAACGUAAGAAAGUCACGCAAAAAUCAGAUAUUGAGGAAGAAUGGGAAGCUCAAAGAGAAAAAGCAAUGGAGACAUUGCAUCGCUGGUUACAAUUACCACUGAAGUACUUAUGGUCACCACCCAUUGUGGAAGAUUCAUUUGUUGGCACUCUAAGUCAGAUCUGUUACAAGAUAUUGCAGAAAACAAAAGACAUUAGAUCCAAGCUUGUCAGGAAUCUUAUCUUCCAGAUUCUUGGAACAUUAGUCAAAAAAUAUAAUCACGGCAUAGCUUGUGUUUUAAAAAUCACACAAUUAGCUAAGUUACAUGAAGCUCUAGCAGCACCAAUUGGAGCUGGUAUAGUGCUUAUGGUUACAGAAUGUGGAUGUACUGGAUUGAUGAAAGAAAUUGCAAGAGAAAUUGGUGAAAAUGAACCUGGGGAAGCAGAUGCUCGCAAUUUUUGCAACUUUCUUGAAUCUAUUGCAACUACACAAGCAGAUGUUGUACUGCCUAUUUUAGAUAACAUAAUGGACUACCUUGGUAAUGAUUGUUACAUAUUGAGAAACUGUGCAAUCAGUGUUAUGGGAUUAAUAGUUGCCAAUGUUCUUACUGGUGAAGAUUUACCACCUGAAAAACGUGCCUUAAGAGACGAAUGCUUAGAUAAUUUAGAAGAACAUAUUAUAGAUAAUAAUGCAUAUGUCAGAUCAAAGGUUCUACAGACCUGGCAAAAGCUUUGUUGUGAAGGAGCUAUACCUUUAUCGAGGCAAAAUAGACUUCUAAAAGCUUCUGUUUUAAGAUUAGAAGACAAAAGUGCAAAUGUACGAAAGCAGGCUUUAGAAUUACUGCGAGCUGUUCUACAAAGCAAUCCAUUUGCAUCAAAGAUGAACCAAGAGAAAUUUGCUCAAAAUCUUGAACAAGCAAAAGCAGAAUUGAAACAGCUUCAGACUGAAAUAUAUCAUACUGCAGGAGCAGAAGAGGAAAAAGAAGAACUAUGGAAAACUCAACUUCCAUUAAUAGAAGAUGCAAUCAAUAAACUUACAGAAAAUGAUAAAAAUAAUGCUCCAAACGAAGAAGAUGAAAAUGAGGAAAAUGAAAUCGAUGUUAAAGAAACUUUUGACAAGAUACAAAAUUACAUUUUAAGAGAUAAAUGUUCAAAAGCAGUGAAAUAUUUACAAAAAUUAUUUAACCAAUCAGGAUUAACAAAGGAAAUGAAAAAUGUGUCAGAAGAAACAAAAAAAGAAGCGUUGUUAUUAUUUAUGUAUAAAAUAUUCAUGAAUUCGAGUUCUAAAAAAGAGGAGGAAAAUGGACAAGCAGUAAAUUCUAGAAAGAGUUUAACUACUGGUCAAGAAGAAUUAAAACAGUUGGACCAAAUAAAGGUCAAGAAGAAGCUUGUAGACUAUUUACAGAACUGCUAUACGUUUUCGAUCGAAUUAGAGAAAACUAUACCGAUCGUAGAAAAACUACUGUAUUCGGUAAAUCCUGGUGAUGCGAUAGAAGCAUGCUCAUAUUUAGGUGCAGCUUACCAGUUUCAAAUAGCAGGAGCUUUACCAGCGGUGCGAAAGGCACUCUUUCAAAUUUUUUGUCGUGAUCAAUCUGUACGCGAUAACAUAGCCAUUGUAUACAAGGAAAUCUAUCUGGACCAAUUAGAUAAUCAAAUGUCUAGUCGCGCGAAAGCUUUAUCUUCUGUUAAGUCCUUAAUUCAACUAUUGGAUGGGAUGUUGCCUGGUCAAAGUGCGGCGCUUGCUAAGCUUGUAGCGUCGUGGAGAACUACUAACGAAUUGGAUGCAGAAGCAUUAAAAGUAAUGUGGGAAAUGUUUUCACUGAAAUUGGCAAAUACAACUCCUGAGGAAAGUAGAUCAGCCUUGAUGCUGCUAACAAUGGCAGCUCAAGUAGAACCCAACAUAAUUACAGAUAACUUAGAUGUUCUUAUCAAGGUCGGCCUAGGACCACGAGCACAAAGUGAUUUGUUACUAGCUAGAGAUACAUGUCGAGCUUUUCUGACAAUUCAACAGGACUGUUCCAAAGAUAUAGAAAAGUCUCCAACCAGGUUUCCUAAUGAUCAUGAGAUGUUUAAUCAAAUCUGUAGUCUUCUUAAAGAAAAGUUUUUGGACGAAAAAGAAAACGGGUACAUAUCGUUUGCAACAGAUGCCAUAAACGUUAUAUACCACCUGGCCGAUCAACCAGCUAAACUUGCUGAGGAAGUCUUGAGCCAUUCAGCCAAAUCUGGCAAUUUGAUUAGAACGUUAGAAAAUAACGCAAUAGAAGCUGAAAUUUCCGUCUAUAUAACUUCACGAUUUCUUUUUUUGGUUGGUCAUACCGGUAUUCGCGAAAUGGUUCAUUUGGAUCAAUCAAUUUAUAAAGAAUUGAAACGUCGUAACGCCGUACGAGAAAAGAAAAAGGAAAUUCGGUCACGCAUAAGUAACAUUCGUGGACGAAAAUCCAUGAACAUUUCUGUAAUGUCUACGGUGUCAACAAUGUCUACCACAUCAAUGCCUGGAAGUGCUCAGCGCUCGAUUAGAGGGAACAAAAAUGAUGAUGAUCAAGAAGAUGGCAUGGAAGGCGCGACAGCAGACGAUGCUGAUGCGGAACAUAUUAGUAUGUGUCUAGAAGAAGAGCUUCUGGCAGAAGGAGGAUUUUUAAGCAAAUUUUUACCAAUCAUUUUGAACGUUUGUCAGCAUCCUGAAAAGUAUACCGACGAAGUUGUUCAAGCUCAUGGAGUAUUAGCUCUCAGCAAAUUUAUGACAAUCAGCUCAAACUUUUGCGAAGCUAAUCUGCAGUUAUUCGUUACGAUAUUGGAACGUUCCACUCAUCCACAAAUUAGGGCAAAUAUUCUCAUCGGAUUAGCCGAUCUUAUGACUAGAUUCCCGAAUCAGAUUGAACCAUGGACAUCUCAUAUUUAUGGACGACUGAAAGAUGACAAUCUUAGAGUUCGUACCACAUGUGUACGAAUGUUAUCAAACUUGAUACUAGGAGAAAUGAUUCGCGUUAAAGGACAAGUUGCUCAACUUGCACUUUGUAUGGUAGAUGAAAAUGACACUAUACGGUCGGAUACCAAACAGUUGUUUAAAGACUUAUCCCAAAAAGGAAAUGCUCUCUAUAAUGUUAUGCCUGAUAUAUUGUCUUGUUUAUCGGAUUCCGAAUUAAAUCUUUCGGAAAAAAAUUUCCAGGAAAUAAUCAAAUAUAUAUUGGGACUUCUUCAAAAAGACAGACAAGUAGACAGUAUUAUUGAAAAACUCUGUAGUCGAUUUAAAUUAGCCACGACUGAGCGGCAGUGGCGUGAUUUAUCUUAUUGUCUUUCACUUCUUAAAUUCAGUGCUAAAGGUAUACGAAUCCUUAUCAAAGACCUUCCCUUGCUGAAGGAAAAAAUCCACAACGAUGACGUGCAAAAGGCCUUGAACUGCAUAGUCGAGCAAGCAAAGCGACGACCAGAGGCCAAGACAGCAUGUCUUGAGCUCGAAGAGAAAAUAAAGGAAUUAUUGGAGUCUACAGAAGAUGGAGAAGAGGGUAGAGAACGAGAUGGAGAAGCGCCGAAACCCAUAUCUGAUAGUGAGGCAAUGCCACCGCCGUUGAGGCCUGUACCUAAGUCAGUUAAGGUCAAGAAAAAGUCGUCGCGACGCAUGAGAAAAGAUGAAGACGACAACGAUGACGAGGAUGAAGAUGAAAAUUAUGAAAACCGACCGAGUAGGAAUAGUACUAGCAAUCUCAGAAGUUCUAGAAGAGGAAGGCCUAGUUCUAAAAAUGAUACAACAAUGAAUAGUGAGUCAGAAGAAGAGGAGACUAAUAAAACACUUCAACGACCUACCAGGAGAAGCGCGAGAACUCCUUCACAGGAGCAAAGUACACCAGUUUCAAGUAGAAGAACUCCAGGUAGGAGGAGAGAGCCACCGGAAGCAUCGCUACCCUCGCUAAAAAGAACGCGAUCAUCUAGGACAUAAAAUCAUUUAUAGAACAGUGUGGCUAAAGUCCGCUGUUAAGUCACGCCUAUCUGUGACUAAAGUAGUCCUUUUUUGCACCGUGUUUAUCACGGUGCAAAUAAGGACUACUUUAGUUACGAAUAGGCGAGACUUGCGGAUUUUAGCAGUCUGUGCUAUAAAAUUUUAUACGAUACUCUUGACUUAAAUGUUUCAGUUUUACACGGCGCUUAGCGCCCUCGCUACACUCGGGUGCUAACUGCGCCGUGUAAAAAAGAACCAUUUAAGUCACACGUAUCGUAAUGUACUAUUUAGCGGCGCAAUCAUUUAUUUAGUAUUAUUAAUAAGUUUACUAUUUAAACUUGUAAAUAAGGUUUGAUAUGCAAUACAAAUAACAUAGAUUUAUUGUAAUCAAAAAUGUUUUUGUAUUUGAACUUACACAUCAUAAAAUUUAUACAAUUAUAGAAGAUAUUUUUAUAACAAUUAAA